ACUAUAUUCGUUUGUGCAAACAAUUUUUGUGUGUUGAGCGGGUGGACCACGUUUUUCCAAUGUUUUAAUGCCACCAUUACGAUCUAACAUCGUCUCUACACCUUCGAUAUCCUAAUUCAAUGCAAUUACAUCGAUUUAAUAUCACUCAGAGCUGACCGUUUUUCAUCCAUUGAACAUUUUUUUUCGAUUCCUUUUUGUUCAAUUCAUUCUCGCAAUUUUACGGAAAUUAGGUUAGGUCGCGAAUGAUGUGCUAUGGAAAUGUCCCACCGGCCACAUGCCUACCACUUUACGGGAUGACGCGCUUUUUUUUCUUCAUUCUUUUUUUAUUCGUAAUUUUGAAGUUUUCAUUCGAAAAUCUCAAUACGAUACAACCCUUAAUAGCUCCUUAGUCAUUAACGGUUUAAAUUAAUUUUUCGAGUCUGUGACCAGACUGGAUCCGUAAAACCUGUGCCAAUUGGAUUUUACGUGUACCUUUGAUGAGUCAAUGUUUUGACUAAAAUUCAGAAAACUUGAUAAAUUCAUACUUGUGGAAAUAUUUUUCGAAAAAGGGAAGGACUUCAAAAUAAUCUAUUUCAAGCCAAUAGUUUCAAGAGUAUGAGCUUGUAGAAAAUGAAAUUAUUUUGCUGUAGCAAAAAGUUGAAACUAGUCAGUCCUACUUGAAAAACAUUCUUAAUUUGAAUCCUAUUGCAAGUUCAACGUCAUGAAAUAAACUUGAUUAAAUAUACUCAAAUAAUUUGCAACAUUUUGACUGAACUUGAUAAAAAAUGCAAUUUCUGUAUAAACUUUUGUAACUGGCUCAAUAUAAUGGCUCAUGAGUUUCCCAGCCAGCAGUCACAUACAAAAGUAAUGCCUGAAAUUUCAGGAUAACUUCGAUUUGAAGUAAACUCAAUUGAACAUUUUGUAUUUUACCUCAGCGGUAAAAUACCAGAAAUGCAUUUGAUAAGAGCAAAGUUAAGUAAUCAUCUAAAGGGGAUUGCCACGGAUACUUUAAAACAGUAGAAAAAAGAGAUAGGCUUAAGGGAUUUAAAACUGAUCAAGGGCUAACGAUAAAACUGUCAAAAUGCCACAGAACGAAUACAUUGAGCGUCACAGAAAGUUGCACGGUAGAAGAUUGGAUUAUGAAGAAAGAAAAAGGAAAAGGGAGGCUCGAGAGCCACACAAGCGAGCAGAACGUGCCCGUAGUCUUCGGGGCAUCAAAGCUAAAAUAUUCAACAAGGAGCGCCGCAAUGAGAAGAUCCAGAUGAAGAAGAAGAUCAAAGCACAUGAAGAAAAGAAAGGCAAAACAAAGACGGAGAAUGCACCAGAAGCAGCGCUGCCGGUUUAUCUCUUGGAUCGAGAUGUUACUUCACGAUCCAAGGUUCUUUCCAACAUGAUCAAACAGAAACGUAAAGAAAAAUCAGCAAAAUGGGAUGUUCCAAUACCAAAAGUCAAAGCCCAAUCAGAAUCUGAAGUUUUCAAAGUCGUACGAACUGGAAAGUCGAAACGCAAUUCGUGGAAAAGGAUGGUCACCAAAGUCACAUACGUCGGAGAGAAUUUCACUCGAAAACCACCUAAAUUUGAACGAUUCAUCAGGCCAAUGGCACUCCGAUUUCGUAAAGCUCACAUUACACAUCCUGAACUCAAAGCCACUUUUUAUUUGCCCAUUAUCGGUGUUAAAAAGAAUCCCAACUCGGCUAUGUACACGACACUCGGUGUUAUCACAAAGGGCACAAUUAUUGAAGUCAAUAUUUCAGAAUUGGGUCUUGUGACCCAAUCUGGUAAAGUAGUCUGGGGUAAAUACGCCCAAGUUACAAAUAACCCAGAAAACGAUGGCUGCAUUAACGCUGUUUUAUUAGUUUAAGUCUGUACAUCUAUGUUUUGUAAUAUUAUUGGCUUCAAUAAAGAAAUUUGAAAGAAAAAGAAAAAAAAA